AAGGCGCUCGGGUUUUACCAUCCAAUCUCCUAAACCUCUCUUCUCUGCUUCACGAAUUCCAGGAGCUGCUUCUUACAGUUGACAACAUGAUUUCUGCAUACCUCACUCUACCUCAAGUUCCUAUUUCAUAAUUUUCCAGUACACCCUUUGUCGGUUGCAUACUUCAUUCUUGGAGCUUAUCUCCUUAAUUAAUACUCUCUAGUUUUUCUUUUGAGAGGGGGCAGCAUAACUUGAGGUCUGGGAUUAUAAAUAAAGUUAAAAUGCCUCUCAUACUAUCUUCAUCCUUCGUGUCCCCUUGUUUUUAUGAAAAUAAUGUCAAGGGAGCACACGUUCUAGUCCCACAAAUAACGUUAUCACAUCCACAUCACAACUCUAUCAGUUGCAACAUUCUUCAAAAACGUUUAUUUGCUAAUAAGCACGCAUCCAUGAUUCUAAAACACAAAUCACCCUUGGAAUUUAUAACAAGAGCAUCAGUGAACUCCAACUACGAGCUCGCUGGUGAAAGCAAUAUGGAAGAUGAUUGGAGGGACCAAGAAGAUGUUGGGGCUGAUCCUAUGGAUUCACCUUGGGAAGGGGCAAUUUUGUACCAAAGAAACCCUUCAAUCUCCCACCUCGAGUAUUGUACAACCUUAGAAAGGUUGGGAUUAGGGUAUCUUUCAACUGAAGUUUCGACAUCUCGAGCCUCUUUGAUGGGAUUACGAGUCACAAAGUCAGUGAAGGAUUUUCCAUACGGAACACCUGUCUUGGUUUCCAUCGAUGUUACCAGGAAGAAGCAGAGGUUGAGGCUUGACGGGAUCAUACGCACAGUGAUAACUCUUGGAUGCAAUAGGUGUGGUGGACUGGCUGCUGAUUGUGUCUUCUCCAAUUUCUCACUGGUACUAACUGAAGAGCCAAUAGAAGAGCCUGAUAUCAUAAACAUGGGAGUCAUUUAUGGUGAAGGCAAGUUUAAUGGCUCGUCUGGAACCGUAGAACAAGAAGAAGACAAUGAUGCAUCCAUCGACUUAGAUGAUUGGCUGUAUUUCCCUCCGGAAGAGAAAGUGAUAGAUAUAUCGAAGAAUGUAAGAGACAUGGUGCACCUGGAAAUAACGAUCAACGCUCUCUGUGAUCCAAUGUGCAAAGGUUUGUGUCUCAAAUGUGGUCAAAAUCUUAAUAUUAGUAAUUGUAAUUGUAGUGAAGAGAGCUCGAAUCCGAAAAGCUAUGGGCCUCUUGGAGGUCUGAAAGAGAGAAUGCAACAGUAGCAAGGCUGAAGAUUCUUCAGUUUAGGCUAAGCCUUGGGGUCCUUCCUUGGUUCGUCGGUUUUGCUCUCUUGAGGGUUACUAGGAAUUUUCUUAGCUGAUAUCUUCAGGCCCAUGAUAUUACCGAGGUGUGAACAAGCUGACUUAGACAUCCACCGUUACCAAAACAAGAAAAAGAUUAUUCGGUUUGAUGUUUGAUAUGUAUGUUAGUAUUUUGGUAUGUUUGUAGAACCAUUGUUUUCGUGUUUAGUUAGGAUUUACGUAGUUGUUCUAGAAUGUAGAAUUGGGAUCGAUCUUGUUGUUAUGAGAAUUUUGUGAACUUUGGUUUCUAA